UUGAUCGUUUCCCUCUUUGUUCCAAGAAAUCUCCCACAUAUCGACGUUUCCCAAGAGGCCUACCUUUUUGGCAAGAUCUUCAGCAUUAUCCUCUGAUCUCUGUUUCCGUAUAUAUUCACUGAUCUUGCGUAUCGUGGGGAUUCGCGGUUUUUCUUAGGGUUUUCACACCCCCUCUCGAUGUCUCGAGUCCCGCCAAUGGCGGCCCGUGCGUGUUUCUGCUUCUUCCUGGCUGUUUUCUUCGCUUGUCUCGCUCGUUCUCAAGGUAACAAGUUCGAUGUCGGAGGUAAAGAUGGCUGGGUGGUCGACCCUUCUGAGAGUUACAUGCACUGGGCAGAGAGGACCAGGUUCCAGGUCAACGACACCAUCUCUUUUAAGUACAAGAAGGGAGACGACUCCGUCUUGCUAGUCGUCAAGGAUGACUUCUACAAGUGCAACACCAAAAACCCAGUGUAUAAGUGGGAAGAUGGGGCUUCCGAGUUUAGGUUUUACCAAUCUGGUCCUUUCUUUUUCAUCAGUGGCAAACCAGGCAACUGUGAGAAGGGCCAAAAGUUGGUUGUUGUCGUGUUGGCCAUAAGACCGCCUCCCAGUUGGCCAGCCCCGGCCAUGCCGCCAUCAUGGCCUGCUCCGCCUCCCGGAUGGCCAGCCCCCGCCACGCCCCCGGCCACGCCGCCAUCAUGGCCUGCUCCGCCAACCGCAACUCCCACACUGCCCCCCACCUUGCCCCCGUCGACACCACCCGUGGCCCGGCCACCAGCGUGGCCGCCUGCGGCGGCGCCCACUUCACCACCUCCUGCUGCCAAACCCCCAACAUCGCCGCCUUCAUGGCCGCCAACUGCAACUCCCACACUGCCCCCCACCUUGCCCCCGUCGACACCACCCGUGGCCCGGCCACCAGCGUGGCCGCCUGCAGCGGCGCCCACUUCACCACCUCCUGCUGCCAAACCCCCAACAUCACCGCCUUCACGGUCGCCAACCGCAACUCCCACACUGCCCCCCACCCUGCCCCCGUCGACACCACCCGUGGCCCGGCCACCAGCGCGGUCGCCUACGGCAGCGCCCACUUCACCACCUCCUGCUGCCAAACCCCCAACAUCGCCGCCUUCAUGGUCGCCAACCUCUCCUUCUCCCGCGGCGAUGCCUCCGACCUCACCAUACCCUGCCACUAAACCUCCAAGUUCAGCGCCUUCACCUGCUCACACCGUGCCGCCUGCGUGGUCACCAACCUCUCCUUCUCCCAUGGCCGUGCCUCCAACCGCUACUCCGCCUUCGUCAGCUCCGGCACCUUGGGGUCAACCUCCAGCUUGGUCUCCCACGUCGCCAAUAUCUCCACCUCCAUCAUGGCUGACGCCACAAUCUCCACCGGGAAUAUCGCCGGCGAGUGCCCCAGCACCGGCACCUUCAUCUGCAUGGACUAUAACUCCUACAAGCUUAUCUGUGGCGGCGGUUACUAUCAUGUUGAGUACGAGUUUACUGUACUUGUAAAUAUCUUGAAUAAUCAUCGUGUGUGUCUUGGUUUCUGGUUUCGAUUUGCACCUGUUCUCCGUCAGAAGAUCAAAAUUUCUUUCCCCAGUUACUUACUUCUUAGUUCGUCAUGCAUUAGAAAUCAUGUUAUUUUCCCAGAUAUAAGUUUCUUGGAGAGUCGGGCUAAAUGACCUUACAUACGACCUAGGUCAUACAUGCGAUUUGCUAAUUCAAUUACAUUGUUACUGUGGUUGUAAUAAUGAGGCAAGCUUAGGACAUUAUAAGGUCCUAUAUGAGAGGCUAUGAAUGUGUAAAUUCUUAGAGAUGGAUCCCCAAAUCAAAAGUUGCUAUUGAAUACUA